AUCACCUAUGCAGGCUGCAUCACCCAGAUGUUCUUUUACAUAGUUUUUGCAGUGUUGGAUUACUUCCUUCUGACCGUGAUGGCUUAUGACCGGUAUGUGGCCAUCUGUCACCCCCUACACUACACGGUCAUCAUGACCCCCUGGGUUUGUGGAAAGUUGGUUCUGACAUCCUGGAUCAUGAGUGUCUUGUAUUCCUUGUUACAUACCUUACUGGCAUUGCGGCUGUCCUGUACACAUGUGGAAAUCCCCCACUUUUUCUGUGAACUUAAUCAGGUGGUUCACCUUGCCUGCUCUGACAGCUUUCUUAAUGACAUGGUGAUCUAUUUUGCAUCUGUGCUGCUGGGUGGUGGUUCCCUCACUGAAAUAAUUUACUCUUACUCUAAGAUAGUUUCUUCUAUACGUGCCAUCUCAUCAGCUCAGGGGAAGUUCAAAGCCUUUUCCACCUGUGCCUCUCACCUCUCCGUUGUCUCCUUAUUUUAUUGCACAAGCAUAGGUGUGUACCUUAGUGCUAGUGCUACCCACAGCUCACACUCGAGUGCAGCAGCUUCAGUGAUGUACAGUGUGGUCACACUCAUGCUGAACCCCUUCAUCUACAAGCUGCAGUUUCCAUCACCAACCAUUCAGGGAGAAAUUUACCCUUCCACAAGAAAACUGUCCUCUCUGAGAGUUUCUCUGAGAGCCCAUGCAGGUGAACCUGAGAGCCUGGUAGGUACCACAGUAAUGGAUCAGAGAAGAUAG